AUGGCUUCCCUAGAGAACGCGUCAAAGGCCCCAUCAAAAAACAUCGAGGAAUUUCUCCAACGACAUCCUCAAGUCCGCACCGGCACCGCAGCAAAGGCAGAACUAGACUAUCUCCACGAACACGGCGACACAUUGUGUGUCAUAAACAAACUCUACGACAACGCGAUUCUCCACAAAGACUACGAUCCCGACUCCUUAAAACUCAUCUUUGCUUUCGCCUACGUCAACGAUGAGCAGGCAAUGGCCAAUUAUGUAGAAGACGCUGGAGAAGACGAUAGUGUCUUGUGCGAUUGUGAAGUUGGGAGGGAAGAAGGCCCGGAUCAUCAUCUUCAUGAGUUUGUGAGAGCUACGGUGCCGGAUUGUAAGGCCCACAAGGGGAAUGAUGAACCAGAUCCUGGGUGCUCCGAUUGUUGGCCGGUUUAUAGUGGAAGUAAUUGUCGGGGGGUUGAGGGAUUUUGA